UGAGUACUUCCUCCACCACCGUGUAGCUUAUUAAAUCAAAGUGGGAAAAAAUAAAUAAAUUUAAAAAAUCGUUGGUCAAGUAGUGACGUUACCCGCCGAUCGUGACGUCAGCCGCGUUCCGACAGCCGACGUUGCAGCCAUGGAGGAAGUGAGAGUGUUUCCCCUGACCUGUGCCGUGCAAAAUUAUGCGUGGGGGAAGGUCGGGCAGGACAGCGAGGUGGCCAAACUAGUGGUUGGUGGAGACCCGCUAGCUGUCAUAGAGGAUGGCAAGCCCUAUGCAGAGCUGUGGAUGGGUGCCCACCCAAAAGGUGAUGCCCAGAUUAAAGACAACAGGAUCGCACAGACCACGCUGGGCCAGUGGAUCGCCCACUUCCCUGCCUGCCUGGGCUCCAAGGUCAAAGACACCUUCCAGGGUCAGCUGCCCUUCCUCUUCAAAGUCCUCUCUGUCAAUACAGCCCUGUCCAUACAGGCCCACCCCAACAGAGAGUUAGCUGCUCGUCUCCAUGCUCAGUUUCCGGAGCACUAUCCAGACCACAACCACAAGCCGGAGAUGGCCAUCGCUCUCACCCGCUUCCAGGGCCUCUGUGGCUUCAGACCAGUGGAGGAGAUCCUGGGAUUCCUCAAAUCUGUCCCAGAGUUCCGGGCUCUGGUGGGAAAUGAGGCAGCGGAGGAGCUGCAGUGCAGCAUGGGAGAUGCGGUUCAUACGAGCCAGGUGCUGAAGAAGUGCUUCACCAGGAUGAUGAACUGUGAGAAGAAGGUGUUCGUGGAUCAGCUCAACAUGCUGGUCAAGAGAGUCACGGAAGAGGGUGCAGCAGGGAAGGACACUUCAAGCAGCAACGGUGACCUGCUGCUCCGCCUUCACUCCCAGUAUCCCGGAGACAUCGGCUGCUUCUCCAUCUACUUCCUCAACCACAUGGUCCUGGAUCCAGGCCAGGCCAUGUUCCUGGGAGCCAACGAGCCUCAUGCUUACCUUUACGGAGACUGUAUUGAGUGUAUGGCCUGCUCAGACAACACGGUGAGGGCCGGUCUGACACCGAAAUACAUUGAUGUUAACACGCUGUGUGAGAUGCUGAGCUACAGCCCAGCACCCGCCAGCUCCAAAAUCUUCCCAUGUGUCCAGGACGCUUCAGACCCCUGCGUGACCCUGUACGACCCCCCAGUGCCAGACUUCACUGUCAUGAGGAUACAGGUCGCAGCCUCUGUGAAGCAGUACACUGUUGCUCCGGUCGACAGCGCCAGCAUCCUCCUGGUCAUUGAAGGCGACGCCAUGGCAACCUCUGCCGCCGCCCUCUCUGACAUCACGCUGAGGCGGGGCACCGUCCUGUUUGUCUCGGCCAACGAGAGCGUCUCCUUGCACAUCACCUCCCCGUCAGGGAUGACCAUGUUCCGAGCCUGCUGCCUCCUGUAGUUGUGAGUCUGUGUGUGAAAGCUCAUACUACCUGUGUUUGUUUCCCUCUGGUUUGAAUCAGCAAGGUCUACACCGCGUUCUGGAUUGAGCCAAUGAUCGCUGUGCACUUUUUAAUAGGUAGUAUGCUAAAAGAGCUUUCAGACACGGUCCCGUCUGUUCCCCCCAACCCAAACUCGACCUGCGGACUGCUGUACCGCCUCCAGCAAUUAUAGCUUUAAAAUCCAGCAGUAAUACAUUGCUGCUGGAUUUUAAUUGAUUUUAACUGUCUUUUUUUACCUGUAGUGGUGCAAUUACAUCUUAUAGAAAAAGCAGAGGAUGUGUACAUCCCACAUUCUUUAUAGGUACUGGACAGAUGACACAUAGUAAGAAUAAAAAGUAAAAUAUGUCCACAACACUGAACAGGACCCAAAAUAAAAAAGUGCAUUGAUUAAAAUGUUGCAUGAAAGUUUAUUCUUGACCUUGGAAACAGCAGUUGAGAAAACAACCUCAUGAGGUCAGUUUAGUAGCUGUUCUGGAGCUUAAGGUCCUUAAAGUGCUCAGAAAAAAUGAAAAUUUGAAUCCCAUGACAACAGGGCAAACACUAGUCUGCUGAUGAAGAUCACAGGAUACGACUGAAAGCUCUAGAACAGCUAAUAAAUAAACCUUUUGGUGAGAUUGUCUUCUAAAAAAAAAAAAUAAAUAAAACUCCAUCCACUGAUGAUGACAGUGAGAUGCAGUUGACAGCCUGGAAAAUGCAGAUGGACCUCAAAAUAUUGUUCAUGCGCAAUUUAUAAUUGUUUUUUUGUUUUUUUUACUAGUUGCCCUUCAGUGUUUCUGACAUUUUUCCUUUUUAUUCCUAAUACACUUUCAGCUGUUUGUUCUUAUCUUCUGGUCUGAGACAAACAUAACAAUAAUUGUGUGUUAUGUGAUUUAUUCAAACAGCACUGAAGCAGGGUGGGGGAUAUGUUUACACUGGUGCAGUGCACCACCACUCACUGCUUUGUACAACUACAGUAGCACGUUGUUGAGGACUGAGCAUGAGCCAGCAGUUAAGUCUUUCCUCACUGGUGCAACAGUUUUAUCAUUUUAAUUUAGCUUGAACAAGUAAAUAUCCACCUCUGGGGGAAAAUAUAUUGUUAGUAUAUCAACAGUUGAGAAUAUAUAGUGUAAUACUGAGAUGCCUGUGCAUGUUUAAUUUAUAGCAUGUAGUACUGGAGAGGGCCUUCUGUCUCGACUGUGAUGAUGGUAUGAGCCACAUUAGUCAGAGUCAAGCUGACCCUGGAAAGUAUUACUGCUUUUAACUGUUAUCAGCGCAUGUUUACGGUCUGGAAACUUCUCCUCAAAGUAGUGAACAAUCAUAAAAAUAAAAAACAGGAGCAAGCAGAAAGGGCCGCCAACUCUCUCCAUCCCAUUAAGCUCGACUACAUGGGAAUCAGGAAUGCAUAUUGAUUAAAACGCCAAGUUCUAUAUAAUUGAAAAUGCACUACUGCUGCUUGUUGUAUACUGGAUAUACUACAGUUUGACCCCAAGCCUGUUAACACAUCCACGUCUUGUACAGUUGUACAAGAAAAUGCUGCAUUCAGUUUCAUAGUAUUAUAGGAACAGACAUGUCUGUAUUUCUAAGUAUUUGAAGCCAAUUUUUCAGACUUUGCAUGUUUUGUUGUUUGUACUGCUUCAUCUAUAUACUGAGAGAAACGAUCCCUGAAACAGCACUCUAUUAUAAGGUUUUACCUGUACAUUGUGAUAUCGGGGUGAGUGGUUUAUCCUCACAGUAAAAUCUUUUAUGAUGACCGCUUUCCAACAUGUUGGUACAAUAUUGUAACUAGAUUAUUUCAGUAUGGUGCAAACUUCUGCGUAAUAUUCGAGUUCAUACCAGGGUCAAUCUGAAUCCAAUCAAUCAUGAAGUGGAUUUUCUUCUUAACAGUUUUUAUAGGUUAUUUUGAAUCAAAUCUUUGAGAAUGAAUGCUCUAUCAGCCAGCCAACCUACCGGUGAGUAAAUAUUUCUCUUAAUAGUUUGACGUGAAUGAAUGACUACAGGUGAACUGAGCCAACCCUGGUAAUGCUUUGACCUACUUCCUGACCAUGUUAGUGAUGUAGGUUGAUCUCUAAGCUUGUCCCUAAUAUAGAUGCACUAAACCUUUAGUUGUUUGUUGUUGCUAAGAUUGUUGAAAAAUUGACGAGUAUUAAGAGACAGAAGGGCGUUUAUAGUUAAAAAUCACUGCAUCUUUUCGAUUAAAAAAACAUUACCUCAUAUUCCUCCGUCUGUAUCGCUAGAAGUGUUGAGUCUCCAGUUAUUUUUGUCAACAACCAACCUACUAUUUGCCAUCUUUUCAAAAGGUUUUCAUUUAGUGACGGAAUCUCGUGCAGGUCAAUGUUUCAAACAGAAUUAGAUUUUGAAUUUUAACUUUUCAUUUGACGGUCACACCUUUGUUACUGAUGUUGUCGUCACCUUUUAGUUUUAAUACUGUACGUCCAGGACUUGCCAGAGAAAUCACGUUUUGAUUUUUUCACUUCUAACUCAUGUCCUUCAAAUGCACACAAAUCUGAAGGCCACAAUGUUUUACCUUAAUUGUUUUAUUUAACUAUUGUGAGAACAUUUCGUAUGUCUCUAGUGAGGGCAUGGUUUAGCAUUUUUGAUGAAGGUGAUGCUGUAGCCUGGGACUGCAGAGAACAUGCGUAUGUAAAAGUGGAUUAAUAAAGCCUUGUUCUGUUA